AUGUUACUCACCAUGGACGACGUGAAGGAGAAGCUCGACUUCACAAACACGAAGAAUAAGAAGUUGACUCCUUUCGAGUGGCUCCUCGCCAUCACUCCCAUCGCCUUGGAGAAGCUCCACCGCCAAGAAAAACACGAACGGCUCGCCAAAGAGAGCCAACUCAAAAAACCCAUCGUACCUCAAACAACAACAACAACAACAACCCUAGGGCAGGAUCAUGAUCAACAUCAGACACCGUCGAUAAAGCGAAAACGUAACGUGUUCGAACGUACUAGAGAAGACAGAAAGAAGAAGAAGAACGUGUCGAGUAUGAGGAGGAGGAAGAUCGACCGGGACUACUUCGUCGACGACCCACGGCUCGAGCGAGCCACGAUCCCCGAGAGGUUCCGCCACCACAUCGAAACGAACUUGAACGGGAGGGACAUUAAGUUGAUAGUGCAGAAGCGGCUGUACGAGUCCGACCUGAAAACCGGCGAGGGACGGCUGUCCAUCCCGGCCAAAAAGAUGUGCCAAGGCCUACUGACGACGAAAGAGGAGGAGUGGCUGAGGACCCGGGACCGCGGGGAGGCGGUUCCCUCGAUGGAGCUGUUGCUUCUGGACCCUGAGCUUGGGGAAGGCAAGAUCGUGUUCAAGCUCUGGGAGAUGAACAAGCCGAACGGGACGACGAGCUAUAUGUACGUAUUGGCGCGGUACUGGAACCAUGUGGUUAAGAAGAAUGGACUUAAGACAGGGGAAGUGGUUCAAGUGUGGGGGUUUAGGAUGGGAGAGGAUGAGCCAGGGAGGUUAGGGCUUGCUCUGGUUAGGCUCGCUAAGGAAAAUGGUGGUGAGGUUUGA